UCAUUCAAAAGGCGCGCACGGUGCGCGGCCGGCCCCCAGCACUCGCCUCGCGGGGACCCUGGCGCCGCGUCGGACGCGGAGCUGAGCUGGUGCUGCCGGCCAGGUAAGGAGAGCGCGUUCGGCCCGCAGCCCCGCUCUGCUCCUCUGAGGAAGUUCUCCCGCGCGGCGGAUGCGGCAGCCCCACUGUCUUGCUCCGACCUGUCCCGUCGCGGCGCAUCCCGGAGCUCCCCGACUGCGCGUCCUCCCCACACCCGGCGCUGCGCAGUCUGUCCGAAGUGGUCCUGAGACGUGGUGACUGUUGACGCGUUAGUACUUGAGGCUCAGAGAACCACAGUGACUUGUUCAAGGUUCAAAGUCAGGACGGUGCCUGGACUGGAGCCCUGUGAGGUGCUUGGAGAGGAUCACCACCUUCCUGGUCAAUGUCACUCCAGGGCCUGAUGAUGAAGUGGACCUUGCUGGGCUGGCCCCUGUCUUGCCUCUUUGUGCUGCUGCCCUGGCCUCUGGCCACUCCAACAUCAAUAACUCCUUGGCUGUGUCCACCGGGCAAGGAACCUGACCUGGACCCAGGGCAGGGCACAUUAUGCCGAACCUGCCCCCCAGGCACCUUCUCAGUCUUAUGGGACUCCCAUCCAUGCCAGCCUCAUUAUCGCUGCAGCCUUCGAAGGAGGUUGGAGGCCCAGGCUGGCACAUCAACUCAUGAUACAGUGUGUGGAGACUGCCAGCCUGGAUGGUUUGGGUCUCGGGGAGUUCCUCAUGUUCCAUGUCAGCCAUGCUCCAAGGCACCUCCAAAUACUGGUGGCUGUGACGAAUCAGGGCGACGGACCCGGCGUGGUGUGGAAGUGGCAGCAGGUACCGGUAGCAACAGUGAGCCUCGGCAGUCUGGGAACAGCACUCGGGCAGGCGGCCCUGAGGAGACAGCUGCCCAGUAUGCCGUGAUCGCCAUCGUACCUGUCUUUUGCCUCAUGGGGCUUCUGGGGAUUCUGGUGUGCAACCUGCUCAAGCGGAAGGGUUACCACUGCACGGCCCACAAGGACGUUGGGCCCAGCCCUGGAGGAGGAGGCAGUGGGAUCAAUCCCGCCUAUAGGACAGAGGAUGCCAACGAGGACACCAUUGGAGUUCUGGUGCGCCUGAUCACAGAAAAGAAAGAGAAUGCAGCAGCCCUGGAGGAGUUGUUGAAAGACUAUCACAGCAAACAGCUGGUCCAGACAAGCCACAGGCCUGUACCUAGGCUGCUGCCAGCCUCCCCCAGCAUGCCGCACAUCUGUCCGCACCGCCACCACCUCCACACUGUGCAGGGCCUGGCCUCACUCUCUGGCUCCUGCUGCUCCCGUUGUAGCCAGAAGAAGUGGCCAGAGGUGCUGCUGUCUCCUGAGGCAGCAGCUGCCGUCACUCCUGCUCCCACCCUCCUGUCCAACCCAUCCAGGGCUCCCAAAGCUAGUGCCAAGGCAGGACGUCAGGGUGAGAUCACCAUCUUGUCUGUGGGCAGGUUCCGUGUGGCUCGUAUUCCUGAGCAGCGAACCAGUUUGUUGUCAUCUGAAGUGAAGACUGUCAUGGAGGCUGGGCCUUCGGGGGGUGAUCUUCCUGACUCCCCACAGCCCAGUCUUCCCCCUGAGCAGCGGGCACUGCUGGGAAGUGGUGGGAGCCAUGCUAAAUGGCUGAAGCCUCCCGUAGAGAACAAGACAGAGGAGAACCGCUAUGUGGUUCGGCUAAGUGAAAGCAAUUUGGUCAUCUGAUGGGCUGUCCAGAGUUAGACGUUCUGCCCUGCUCUGGGAGGUUCUGAAGGCUUUCUGCAGGAGAGAGAGCUGCAGCUGGGACCGAGGACCAAGAUCAAAGGCCUAGCAGACAAAACAGCAAAGACCAAGGCCUGGAGGUGGGACCGUCUGCCCCACUGAGGAGGCAGCUCGCCGCGCAGCAAGUGAGCAGGAGAUCAAGAGCCCAACCCAUUCCUGCAGCCCUAGUCAAUUCCCUGCAGGGUGCCCUAACCUGUGCCUGUCCUGAACACAUCAUAGGAGCCCUCUGUCUUCUAGGAGUCUGGUUUGGCGGAGGAGUGGUGUCUGUACCUGGUCCCCAGCUUGUGCCUUGGGAACUAGUCACUCUUGCCGUGUCCUGGAUCCUGGACAUGCCUCCCUCUCUUCUGGCAGGCCCUGUAAUGGGAAGGGGUAGCAAAGGGCCCUGUUCUGGUGGCAGAGUACCUAGGUCCCAGCUUUUCUGACUGUGAAGUGAAGGAAGGAGAGCUCAGUUCCCAGGACCUUUCCAGUUCUUUACGGAAAGGUCCAGUUCUGUUGGGGGAGCUUGACUUUGCUACCCUCCUAUUAGUGGCUUUAUCUGGCCUGUUUCUGCUGCUUCCUGGGCUUUGCCCUUCAAGGCUCCCAUUGGACUAUUAUGGCAAUGCCUACAGAAGGGGCUUAAUGCAUGUGCCUGCCCCCACCCUGCUACUUUUAAAGAAACUGAAAAAUUACCUGACUUGCACAGGCUCUGGUGCAGAGCCUCAGGCCACCCUGCUGCCUUCGAACUCUGAAGCUGACGGGAGAGGAAGAUGGCCGCCUAGAAAGUGCCUCUGGUCUGUGGUUUCCAUGCUCCUGUGGUAGUGUCUGCCUGAGUUUUUGGUAGCAGGGGUAACUGCCAAUCCAGCCUUAGUCUCUGCUCUGACUCAGGGCCUGGUUAUUUAUGUGGGGCCGCGCAGGCGCGGGGCCCACUGUCCAUCCCAUCCCAUCUCUUAUUUAUUGAAACCUGCUGCUGCCCUGUCCCUGCAUCUCCAACCCCACACACUUGAGUAAUAAAAGGUGGAAAGUG